GUUCCAAAUACAGCACAAAUAAUGAUCAGGGUCAAAGCAUCCAAGUGAUCUUCAAAGACCGCCAGCUCCUCCUAUGGGUGGUCUACAGCAACAGCGUGUCCGACGGACACCUGGCCUGCAACCCGAUACACGGACGCCUGCUCGGCUUGGACGAGGGGACGGAGGUGUUUGUGUCUCCGUAUGGGGACGUUAAGGUGCUGGAUGAACUGUAUGUAGAUACAGAUAGUCCGGAUGAUCAGGAGAUCUUGGAACAUAACGCAGAACUCCUCCAGCUCCGAAUCCUUGACCAGCUCCGGCUGGUGGUGUCGGGGCAGAAAUGUGUGGUCUGGAUCUCCGUCUCUCUGCCCAUCAUCUUCACCCCCAAGCAGACCGGACUGCUGGUCAACCAGUCCAGGAUUAUUGUCAAAGUAGACGCUUUCAACACGCUUCAUCACAAUUCGGUUCCAGUACAAAACACGCCAAAUAUAGCAAAAGAAAAAGAAAACCGCUUCAACAACAUAGGAAUCAUCAACCAAGGAAUGCUCCGGCCAUACCUAAACCCUCCAAAAAGGUUAUACCUCCGAGCUUUGCCGAUAGACAGUGAUGGCAAAAGAAACUUGAUACAUCCAUACACAGUCUUUAUGCACGAAGACUUAUUAGAACCUAAAUAUUGUGAUAGCACUAUAAUUUUAGCUACAAUGAGAAAUAUACCUUCAAUAAUCCAAGAUGAUGAAAUUAACCAUAGAGAAAUCAACGAUUUAUGCGUUGAAAUUGUUCCCGUAGACAAUAUAGUCUUCAGAAGUCUAUGCCAUGAAGUAUACAAUAGACAUAUACCAACAGUACUUAUACCAAAAUCUUUAAAUGCUAUUAUUAAUAUUGAAAAUGGAAUGAGAAUGUCAUUUACUAUAAUAGGGGAAAAUAUUGAACAGCCAGAUCAUGUAGAUAUAAUAACUUAUUCUGAACAAUCACAAAAAGAAGAUGAAAUUAUUGAGAAGUUUAAAAAAUGUGUAAUAGAAAGCACACAUUCUGGUAAAAAGUUUCUGAUUAAUCAUGAUAUGCUAAAGCAGAAUCUACAAGUCAGUAAUGGAUUUCUUCAGUUUAAAUUGAAGCCUGAGAAAAUCAAAUAUACAUUGCUGAAUUCAGAGUCGUUUAGGCAAUGUACGGUGUCAGCAAAAUGCCUUAGCGAUACGGAUUUUGAGUUCCCAAAAUUGGCUUCGUCGAGUAUUGAGUAUGAUUGUAAGAAUUAUUGUAGAGGGUUGAAAUCUACGGAGGAUUUGGUGCAGAAGGUUGUGUCGCAUCUAUUCUUUGAGAUACAUAGGGAAGCGACGUUUAAAGAUGUCUCGGAGAUAAAGAGCAAUGUGCUUGUUACUGGCCUCAACGGCACAGGCAAAUCUGCCCUCUGCCACAUAGUCCAGAAAGACCUCACCAUCUGGUCUCACAUACUCCACUGCCGUUCUUUAAGGGGCCGCAAAGACAUUCCUGAGGCCUUAAGCCGGGCUAUACUGAUGUGUCAAGAAAGAAGUCCUGCAGUAUUGAUCUGUGAUGAUGUGGAUAGCUUGGUUCCUCCAAAUUUGGAAGGGUCUUCACCGCAAGAUAUUGCUUAUUAUCAGAGAUUAGCGGUAGUAAUAAAGCACCUACUACAGAAUUGCUCAGGCGUCGUCGUGUUACUAACAGCGACUAGCGUCAACGAGUUACACCCGACGCUUCGCCAGUUCGGAGGCAAGCCGCUCUUCACUGCACAUUUCAAUAUACAGGAGUUACAACAGGAGGAAAGAGUGGAACUUUUCAAACAUCUAAUCAACAAUAAGUUAAGGGAACAGUUCUUAGUGGAAGAAGAUGAUUUCACAAGGUUGGGUGCCGCCACCGCCGGGUUCAGUAUACGGGAGAUCACUGACCAUUUGAAUAAGAAGAUAUUUCAGGCUGUUAAGAAAAAAAAAUCUCAUCCAUCGGAACCCAUGCCCCGGCUAGUAGAAAGCGCGGUAGCGUCAGAGGAGAAAAAUAAAGAGUUCGACAUUUGGGAGUCUGUGGGGGGAAUGGAGGGGGUUAAGCAAGAGCUCACUGAAUGCAUCUUCUGGCCUCUUAUGUACCCGGCCCUGUUCCCGUCUCAGUCAUGUGGAAUCCUUCUAUACGGGGCGCCAGGAACCGGGAAAUCCCACAUCGGAUCCAGUCUGGCCAGACUUCACAACAUGAGUCUCAUUGUGGUGAAGGGACCAGAACUACUCUCCAAAUACAUCGGCCAGAGCGAGAAGGCUGUCCGGGACGUGUUCGACAAAGCUGAUAUGAAGCGGCCGUGCAUAUUAUUCUUCGAUGAGUUUGACAGCUUAGCACCCAAACGAGGACACGACUCAACAGGCGUCACCGAUCGCGUAGUAAACCAACUGCUAGCGCGACUUGACGGCGCCGAAGGCGGAGCGCGGGGGCCAGUAAUCGCUGCGACCAGUCGCCCCGACUUAAUCGACCCUGCGUUACUACGACCAGGGCGAUUACAGAGGCACAUAUACUGUGCGCCACCUGAACAGAACGACCGCUUCGAAGUGCUAAAAACGCUGAGCAAAAACGUAGUCAUAGAAGAAGACGUGGACUUACGACAGCUGUCGGAGGUUACCGAAGGCUACUCACCAGCGGAUCUCAAGAGUUUACUCGUCACGGCACAGCUAGGCAGUCUGGAGAAACAGUUGUUGAGCGGGGUAGAGAAAGACUUGCAAUCAGUAGUGGUGAGGAAGACAGAUAUACAAAGCGCAUUGUUGGAGACCAAACCUUCGCUUUCCAACGAGCAGCGGGUCUUCUACGACAUGAUAUACAAAAGGUUUAGAGGCGAGAAGCUAUCCGCAGACCAGAAACAGAUGUCGAGGCAGUUGGAAAAGCAGAGAGUCACCUUAGCUUAGUCAACGAAUCAUUGGUUACAUAAAGAGAGAACACUGUAGGAAAAAUAUGUGGUAGCAAGGUGAAAACAGAAAUUCAGCGUCUUGGAGCUUAUAUAGAUAUGUAGUUGGAGAAGCCCUUAAUCCUUUAUUGCAUACCAAAGAGGAUCGAGUAUUAUAGAGAGUUACUGUCAAAGUAAAAUGUAAUCACAGUGCAUAGACUGCCAUCUCUUGACACAAGCUUAAAACUUUUGAACCUCAGUUUUGACAAUUUGGCCC